ACUGUUUGACAACCUUUACAACAGCUGAUCAUGACAUCUCAGAUCCUGACAAGAACGCAGUUUCUGUUGCUUCAUAUUGUUUCAAACCCGUCCAGAAAGUUUAUAGACGAAAUUUAAACCUAAUUGUUAUGAGACUUCCCCUACAAAAUUACUUCCAAUUAGGACAUAUGGAGGGUAAUAGCCAGCAGUUCGUUUGUAUAAAUUGUGGCAGGUCGGUGCCCGAGUUAUAUAGACGAAUCAGUAGCACCGUUCUGAAGAUAACCGACUGUGAAAAAUGUAAUUCACCCGCAGAUAAAUAUAUCGAGUUCGAAGCAUUGAUAAUUCUGCUAGAUUUUGUCCUGAUGAACAAAUCAGCUUAUCGGCAUAUUAUUUACAACUUGAAUUGUAAAAAUUUAUGGAAGUUUGGCGUAAUUGUGAUCCUAUUGGAAGCAUAUUGCCUGUGGACGGAAAUUUUUAGCAAGUUCACCAACGUGCGCUAUAGGUCAGAUCAUGCAGACUCGUUUCUAACUGAAAAAGGAUUCUACGUGUCGUCCUUGCAUAUUUUAAUUGGAAACAUUCUGCUCUACAUUUUCGUCUAUCUACUCACAAGAAUUUUGCUGAAAUGGGUGUCAACGGAUUCUGAUGUAACAAAACCUUACCCACUGGUUUUACUACAAGGAAUUGUCUUAGCCAGUAUAGCCAAGUUCUUCUUCAUCCCGACAAUUAUCUGGAAGCAAAACGUUACCGAUCCAGCAAUGGCCAUUCAUAUAUUGCUGGUGGUAACGUAUUUCGUGAUCUCACUCAUCCAGAUACACUCCGUAAUCAGCCACUGCUCGUGGGCAAAAUCGGCGGUCAUCGUACUGUUAGCAUUAUUUGUCAAAACCUACUUUCUAACGGAAAUCAGUUUAUUUCUUAAUACAUUGAUGUAGAUACUAUCAUACUGAAAA